AUGACGGUGAUGAACCGGAAGAAACAAUGCGAUGUCCGUAUGUCAUAUAUGUCUGUCAGAAACAAUUUAAUUAACAAGCAAAACGCCGUAGAGUCCAAAUUUUUCACAUCAGCAAAUUUAUGCUGCACCAAUGAUGUUUGUGAAGAAUAUAAUCCCAUGACACCAGAGGAUUCAACUGCUUCGUGGUUAGAUGCGGAAGACAGUUAUCAAGUCACCAAUUUUCUGGAUGAAGCGCAACGCAUACUUCACAAUGAAGAGGACUUUUCUGAUGCAUGUCAUGAUCGACUACGUUCUGAAUAUGAACAAUGGAAACAAAUUCCACAUUUAAGAAUAAUUGGAAAAAGAAUUGAAUAUGCACGGGAAAAGACUUUGGAAGAUGAUAAACAAAAAUGCCAAGCUGACAGUAAACCGUCAACCACCAACAACAAAGAUUUAAAUUUAUUGCGCGAUCAGGUUAUUAAGAUCAUGACGGAACUUUUAUGGAAACGAGUACUAGAUAAAACUAGCAUCAAAAAUGUAUGCCAAAGGCAACCCAUGUUACAAUCGCGACGAAAUUCUUCUGGUCGAAUAGAGUCUGCAAUAAUUGUUUCAUCGAUUUUACCGACUAACAGACCGUCAAUAAUAUUUAAAUCCCAUUCAAAUUUAGGAACAAUUAGCCAAAAUGGACUUAUAUGCCAACAAAAAAAUAACAAAGAAUAUAAAAAAAAAACAUGGCCAAAAAACAACGUCAGUGUUUUACCACCUAUCGAAUCCCAUAAAAUGAAGAUAGUAGACAAAAAAAAACGCUGGUUUUCGGCCGUUAACACACCAGGUAGAAAUCACGUAUUACCGAGACCAGUGACUUCAGUUGCGACUCACGUCAAUACUUCGAUUAACGUGUGUUUUGACAUAUCGAUCGACGGCAAGAGUAUCAAAAGCUUAAAGAAAAAAGGUUGCUGUUCUCCAUCAUGAUUAUGCAGUGAACAUAAAAAUAUUCCACGAAUUCGUUU